AUGGGCUUCAUCACGGGCUUCCUCGGAGGCGUCACACUCACCACAGGCGUUCUCUACCUCAGCAUCUCCCUACACACACAAAACCGCAUAACACAAGCCGCGCUCCUACGGCAGCAACGCCAAGUCCUCACCGAAUUUUACGAGCCCAAGAAGCCAGAACCAGAGCCCACAAGCCGGGAAGCACCCGUCGGGCUAGCCGAGAUGGCCAAAGACCGCUGGAACCGAAGCCUCGAGGAGGGCGUGAAGAAGGUCUACACAACAGAUUGGCGGAGAGUACGGGAAGAGGCCGAGGACAGGGCGAGCGUCAUUAUGCAGAAGAUCAGGGAGAGCAGCAAAUGA